AUGCAGAAGAUCGGCAACAUCUACUUCAUUUCGGCCAUCGCCGUUAUCGGCGGUGGUCUUUUUGGUUUCGAUAUUUCGUCCAUGUCUGCUAUCAUUAGCACACAAACCUAUCUCUGCUAUUUCAACCAAGGAGGCGUCAAAUACGUGGAUGGUGAAAAGAAAUGUUCCGGUCCCACUGCCGAUGUUCAGGGUGGUAUCACUGCCUCCAUGGCGGGUGGCUCCUGGCUGGGUGCUUUGAUUUCUGGCUUCAUAUCGGAUAGGUUUGGUCGUAAGACUUCCAUUCAGGUCGGCUCAAUUAUCUGGUGCAUUGGUUCCAUCAUUGUCUGUGCUUCUCAGAACAUCCCCAUGCUGGUUGUUGGCCGUGUCAUCAACGGUCUCAGUGUUGGUAUUUGUUCCGCUCAGGUGCCCGUCUACAUCUCCGAGAUUGCUCCCCCUACCAAGCGUGGACGUGUGGUCGGUCUGCAACAGUGGGCUAUCACCUGGGGUAUCUUGAUCAUGUUCUACAUCUCGUAUGGUUGCAGUUUCAUCAAGGGAACCGCUGCCUUCCGCAUUCCUUGGGGCCUGCAGAUGAUCCCCGCGGUUUUGCUCUUCCUCGGUCUGAUGCUGCUGCCCGAGUCUCCCCGUUGGUUGGCCCGUAAGGACCGCUGGGAAGAGUGCCACGCUGUCCUGACCCUGGUGCACGGUCAUGGUGACCCCAACUCCCCCUUCGUCCAGCGCGAGUUCGAGGAGAUCAAGAGCAUCUGUGAAUUCGAGCGCGCCAAUGCCGACGUCACUUACCUCGAGCUCUUCAAGCCCAACAUGAUCAAUCGCACGCACGUCGGUGUCUUCACUCAGAUCUGGUCUCAGCUUACCGGAAUGAACGUCAUGAUGUACUACAUCACCUACAUCUUCGCGAUGGCCGGCAUGACCGGCAACAACAACCUGACCUCCUCCUCCAUCCAAUACGUGAUCAACGUCAUCACCACCAUCCCGGCCCUGAUUUGGGGAGACCGAUGGGGUCGUCGUCCGACAUUCCUGAUCGGCUCCGUCCUGAUGAUGAUCUUCCUCUACGCCAACGCCGGUCUCAUGGCCACGUACGGUCGCCCCGCGCCGCCCGGUGGACUCGACGGCGUCGAGGCCGAGUCGUGGAUCAUCGAGGGCGCCGCUAGCAAGGGUGUCAUCGCCUGCACCUACCUCUUCGUGGCCUCGUACGCGGUCUCCUUCGGCCCGGCCUCCUGGGUCUACCCGCCCGAGCUCUUCCCGCUGCGGGUGCGCGGCAAGGCCGUGGCGCUGUGCACCUCCUUCAACUGGGCUUUCAACUUCGCGCUCUCGUACUUCGUGCCGCCCGCCUUCGUCAACAUCAAGUGGGAGGUCUACGUGCUGUUCGGCGUCUUCUGUACCGCGAUGACCAUCCACAUCUUCUUCAUGUUCCCCGAGACCACCGGUAAGACCCUCGAGGAGGUCGAGGCCAUCUUCACCGACCCCAACGGUAUCCCGUAUAUCGGUACCCCCGCCUGGAAGACCCGCAACGAGUUCAAGCACGGGGCCAUGGUUGAGGAGGUCGGCUUCGACGAGGAGAAGCGCGCCGGCGGCGAGGUCGUCCACGCGGAGACUGCCGAGCCUAAGGUUUGA